UAAAAAUAAUCAUUAGGCUAAUGACGAUAGACUUGUAGCUAACUAGCGAGCUGUCUUUUUAAUAUCCGAGAGCUUCCCGAGCUUCCCUCUCGCUUCUCUUUAGAUAUUAUUUUUUCUUCUUCAUCAAAUAAUUAUCUUUUAGACAAUAUCUUUCAUAAUGGUCAAAAUUAAGUCCAUUGAGUACUUCCGCGUUAAGCCGCGCUGGCUCUUCGUCAAAGUUACCGACGAGAAAGGUGGAUAUGGCUGGGGAGAGGCUACAUUGGAGGGCCACAGUCUUGCAGUCGAAGGUGCUCUCGACGAGAUCAUCACCAGAAUAAUUGGCUAUGAAGCGGAUGACAUUGAACACAUUUGGCAAACCGUGUGGCGGUUGGGUUUCUACCGUGGGGGUCCGGUCUUUAUGUCUGCCCUGGCUGGUAUCGACAUUGCUCUCUGGGAUUUGAAAGGCCGCAAUCUUGGUGUGCCUGUACACCAGCUGCUGGGCGGCAAGGUGCGCAACAAAAUCCAGGUCUACGCGUGGAUUGGCGGAGACCGCCCAAGCGAUGUUGAGGCUGCUGCGAAAGAGCGUAUUGCCCAAGGCUUAAAAUGCAUCAAAAUGAACGCUACCGAAGACGUCAACUGGCUAGACUCUCCAUCCGUUCUCGAAUCCACCGUCGAACGCCUCAAAACCGUCAAAGCGCUCGGUCUCGAUGCCGGUCUCGAUUUCCACGGCCGCCUACACAAGCCAAUGGCCAAACAACUCGCCAAAGCCCUCGAGCCUUACAAACCACUCUUCAUCGAAGAGCCGUUGCUCUGCGAACACCCUGAAGCCCUCAAGCAGCUCUCGGAACUCACCACCGUGCCAAUCGCAUUCGGCGAGCGCCUCUAUACCCGCUGGGACGUUAAGCGGUUUUUGGAAGAUCACUCGGUCGAUGUCUUACAGCCGGAUAUUGCGCAUGCUGGCGGUAUCAGCGAGACGAGACGUAUUGCGUCAGUUGCUGAAGCAUAUGAUGUUGCUAUUGCCCCGCAUUGUCCUCUCGGCCCAUUGGCCCUUGCGGCAUCAAUCCAGGUUGCAUUGAACACGCCCAACUUUGUUAUUCAAGAGAUGUCCCUUGGAAUGCACUACAAUGUGGAAGCGGGUGAUAUUGAUUUGAACUCUUAUCUCAAGGAUCAAACCGUGUUUGACAUCCAUGAGGGAUACGUCAACGCGCCAACUGGCCCAGGAUUGGGUAUUGAAAUUGACGAAGAGUUGGUCAGGAAGAUUUCAAAGGAAACAGAGCCAUGGCAAUGCAAGGAGUUUUAUGGUUCUGAUGGAUCAAUUCGCGAGUGGUAGUUACGUUUUUCUUUUUUUUUCAGCCCACAGCCUUAGGGUUUAUUGCAUAUUUCCUGGACAGAAAUUAGAUCACUACUUAAUCAUUCAUAUUCUGUAUUCCUAGCAAUGAAUAAAAAUCGCCAGCUCUUUUUUUCCUAC